CCCCGGCCUCGUGGCUCGGCGCGGCCCCUCUCCCCUCCUCGCAGUCAUGGUGGAGCCGGCGUCCGCGCCGCCCGUGGCCGCGCGCCUGUUCGACUCGCCCGCCCUCCGCCAGCUGCUGCUGGCGAUGGUGGCGUCGCUGGGGUACCUGAUGGUGGGGCUGGUGCGCGGCUUCUCAUCGCCCGGGGUCCCCUCCAUGCGCCAGCUCGACCCGCACCUGCUCGAAGCCCCUGGAGCCGUCUCCUGGAUCAGCUCCAUCCCGCCGCUGGGCGCGUGCGUGGGAUCCCUGGUGGCCGGGCCGCUGCUGCAGCGCGCGGGGCGGAGGCGGACUCUGCUGCUGAGUGCGCCGCUGGCAUUAGGCGCGUGGGUGGCACUGGCGCUAGCGCAGUCUUACGGGGCGCUGCUGACGGCGCGCAUCCUCACGGGCUUUUGCGCCGGCCUCGUCAUCCCCUCCGCGCAGGUUUACGUGAGCGAGUGCGCGCGGCCGUCGGCGCGGGGCGUGUUGGGGUCGCUGCCGGCGCUCUUCAUGUCGGCGGGCAUCCUGCUGGGCUACGUGGUGGGCGCGCUGGUGCCGUGGCGCUGGCUGGCGGGCGCGUCGGCGCUGUGCCCGGCCGCGCUGCUGGCGCUGCUGCUGCCGCUGCCCGAGUCGCCCUCGUGGCUGAGCGCGCGCGGCCGCACGCGCGACGCCGAGGCGGCGCUCAGCUGGCUCAAGCGGCCGCCGCUCACGCCCGCGCCGCACGCCCUCCCGCUCGCGCCGCUCCAAGGCGGGGCGGCUGCGGAGAAGAGCGGGGCGGCGGGCGGCGCGGGAGCGGGAGCGGCGGCGGGCGGCGUGACGCUGCAGGGGCUGCUGCAGCGCUCGGUGCUGGUGCCGUUCGGGCUGUCGCUGGCGCUGAUGGUGUUCCAGCAGCUGAGCGGCAUCGACGCCGUCGUCUUCUACACCGUGGAGAUCUUCGAGGCGGCGGGCGGGGGCGUGCCGGAGCACGUGGCGGCGGCGGCGGUGGGCGCCGUGCAGCUGGCGGCCAACGGCGUGGCGCUGCUGGCCGUGGACCGCGCCGGCCGCCGCCCGCUGCUGCUGGCGGCGCUGCCGCUGGCCAGCCUCAUCGUGUUCAUGGUGGGCUUCUCCGUGGGGCUGUGCACGCUGCCCUACCUCAUGAUGUCCGAGAUGCUGCCAGCGGUGCAGCGCGGCGUGCUGAGCUCGGCCGCGGGCUCCUUCAACCUGGCGGUGAUGUUCUUGGUGAUCAAGACGUUUCACGACCUGUCGGGCGCGCUGGGCGAGGCCGGCGCCUUCUGGGUUUACGCGUCGCUGUGCGUCGCCAGCUGCGUGUUCGUGCUGGUGUGCGUGCCCGAGACCAAGGGGCGGUCGCUCGAGGAGAUCCAGGCGCACUUCGAGCGCCGCCACGUGGCGGACGGCAACCACCGCACCGAGGCGGCCGCGCUCGAGAAGGGGCUAGUGCUCGAGAAGGCUCCCACGCUCGAGAAGGCGCCCGCGCUCGAGAAGGCACCCGCGCUCGAGAAGGCGCCCGCGCUCGAGAAGGCGCCCGCACUCGAGAGCGCCCCGGUCUCCGCUCCCGACCAAUACGAACGGAUGGCAGCCGAGGGCGGCAACGAAACAGCGCGAGUCCGAAAGGAUGAUGCGGCAAAGAGCGAAGACGAGAAGACAGAAGACACAGAACAGAAAGGCCGCGAAGAAAAUCACGUCGAUAGCGAACACAGGACUGAAACAUGA